CAGACCUCACUCAUUCCUCUCCUGUGACCACAAGGAACCGCGUGGUGCCUCUCCCUCACUCGCUCCAUACACUCCCCGACUCUCACAUCAGCCCCAGACGUCGCCACACCCAGGGCGUUCUGAAGGGUUCUUUUUGGAGCUACCAGCGUUUAUAGUGACCCACGCCGCUGGAUUUGUGACUUGUGUUGUGUUGCCCGUCCCUCCCCUUCCCCCUUACCAUGGAGGACCCCGAGGUUGUGGCUGCCGUGAAUGGGGACGGAGGGAUCAAGGAACAUGACGAAGUGACAGAGCACGAGCCAAGUCUGCUGGGGAAGGAUAAGCCAGCCUUGAAGAACGACCAGAGCCUCGAGUUACAGCACGGGAAGAUGGAGGUGGUUACAGGGGACGACCAGGCGGAUAAAGAUGGGAAGACCGACGGAGACCUGAGUGAGAGGAACGACCAGGGAUUAGAAAACGACAGUCAGUGCAACCAGGGUAUUGAAAACGACACGGACGGAACCACGCAACACAACAGUGAUCACUCGAACAUCAGCGACGACCUCUGCUCAGCUCUUGGGGGCCUCAGCCUGAAGAACGACUCACGACUCUCCACCCACGAGGACGUAGAAAGCAAGGUCAAGGAGGACAUUCUGAUAUCUAUUGAGCACAAGCCACAGGAGGACAGCCCAGCACCGCCUUCCAUAAUAGUCUCUUUGGAGGGUAACCAUGUCCUCGAGUCUGUCAUGGCCCCUAAAGACGAGAACGAGGUGGAGGAACUGAUUAGGUUAGACAACGAAGAGGAAGUGGGUGAAGUGUUAAAGAUGGAAGAGAAAGACGAUGUUCUCACGACCCCAGAUAAAGGUGAGGUGAAGGAAAAAGAGGGAGAACCGACAAGGCUAGAAAAAGAAGAGGAAGUAGAAGUGAUAAGGGUGGAAGUGAAAGACGAAGUGAACCACAGUCGGUGCAAUGGGGGUCAGGACACACAGGUGGUAGUGGAGAGCGACCAGGUAACGGAACAGGUGGUAGCAGUGAUUAACAGUGAAAUUAAGGACAAUGAGGCCACACAGCUAACGGAACAGACCAACGGCAGUGACUAUGAGGAAAAACAUGAAACUGAAGAAAUAGAAAACAUUGAAAAACUCAGUAACAGUCGGAGCUUUGAAUCGAAAGAGGAAAUCGACAUGAAAACAGAAAUAUCAAAGGACGCGAAGAAGGAAAGUGAGAACCGAAACGAAGGUGAGGACAAUGAAGGAAAGAAUGAUGGUGAAAGUGAGGAUGGUGAGGAACGCCCUGCCCUUCCCCUGAGCCCUCCCCCAGUGCUAGAUGUGUCCCCGGAUGAGGUCAGAGUCAGGUCUCCAUCAGUUGGCUUCGGGAAGGAUCGCACCAGCUGGCUCUAUGCACAUAUGUUGAACGAUGAGGCUGAGAACGGAGAGGAAAAGCAGGAUACUGAGAAGGAAGUACAGGAAACAGAUAAAAAGGAGACGAAAAACCAAGAAAUCGUGGAGAAGGAAGAUAAAACGGAUAACCAGGAUGUGGAAACCGCGGGAAAGGAAGAUAACGAAGCAGAGAAACAGGGAAACAUGGAAGAACAGGCCACAGAAAAGCAAGAAAUCGUGGAGAAGGAAGAUAAAACUGAUAACCAGGAUGUGGAAACCCUGGGAGAGAAAGACAAAGAAGCAGAGAAACAGGGAAACAUGGAAGAACAGGCCACAGAAAAUCAAGAAAUCGUAGAGAAAGAAGAUAAAACGGAUAACCAGGAUGUGGAAACCGUGGGAGAGAAAGACAAAGAAGCAGAGAAACAGGGAAACAUGGAAGAACAGGCCACAGAAAAUCAAGAAAUCGUUGAAAAGGAAGAAGAAGCCGUGGAACAAGAUACAGGAAACAAGGAAAACGUGGAAAGAGAAGAUGAAACAGAGAAGCAGGACAAGGAAGAAGAAACAGGGAAACAGGACACAGAUGAACAGAAAGAGGUAGAAAAGGAACAAGAGGAAACAGAGAAGGAAGAACAGGAGAUGAAAACGGAGGAAGAGACAGAGAAAGAGGAGGAAAUAGAGAAGGCAGAAGAGAAAGAGGAGACGAAGCAACUGGAAGAAGAAAUUAAACAAAAUGAACCACAGAAACAGGAAGAAACAGAGAUGGAAGAUGAAGAUAAGUCAGUGGAUAGAGAAAAAGAGAACGAGACCAUUGGUGCAGAGAAACCAGAGAACGCAGACAAGGACGUAGAUAGCGAGAAGGAGAAGGAAAAGAAAACAGACGAAGAAGAAGAAAGAUACACAGCAAAAGAGGAUAAAGAGGAGGCAAACAAGCAUGAUAAAGAACAGGAAGAGACGAGGGCACGUGAUAAAGAUGCAGGUGAAGAGAAACAGGAAGAGGAGAAGGAGGACUCAAAUAAACAGGAUGAACAGGAUGGAGCUGCAACAGAGAAAACAGAAGAACAGACAGAACAGGAAAAAGUGAAGGAACAGGAGAUGGCAACAGGAGUAACAGAGAAGGAAAAGGAAGUGAACGAACAGGAGGUGGCAGAGAAACCAACUGAGAACCAAAAACCGUUAACAGAAGCCACAGAAGAGGUAGAGAAACAGGGCGAAACGGAGAAACAGGAAGAAGAAACACUCAAACAGGAAACAGAAACGAAGGAAACAGUUAUCGUGGAGCAACAGAAGACUGAAACUAAGAGUGAAACAGUAGAACAACAGAGAGAUGUGAGUGAAGACGACAAACAGAAGCCAACAGAAGGUGAUACUAACGACACAGAGACAAGCCAAAAUGGUCUGUUAACUGGAGACAAAAACCAACAGACAGACCCAGAAGACCCUCAACCUCCACUGACAACAGAAACAGACCAACAUGAAUCACAAACUGACAAACAGGAACAGACAACAGAAGAUAAGGCUCAGACAGACAAACAGGAGACUUCAACGGUAAAAGAACAGGAAACAGUUACUCCGCCACCCGUUGAGGAGAAACAGGACCAAGCAACAGACACCAAACCCGAACCAACAGACGAACAGACACCCUCAUCAGACACAGACAAACAGGAGAAGCCAACAGAGGAAACGGAACAGAAGUCUCCCCAAACAGAGAAUACGGAGACCGCUCAAACAGACAAGCAAGAAGAAACGGAGGAUAAACAGGAGAAGAAAACAGAAGAGGGAGCAACAGGAGGAGAAGAUGAUAAAGAGGAAGAGGAAGAAAAGGCUGAUGAUGCGUUGACAUACGAAUCAUUAAACAAGAAGAAUAAAAAGAAGAAAAAAUGUAUUGUUAUGUAAGAGAGAGAGAGAGAGAGAGAGAGAGAGAGAGAGAGAGAGAGAGAGAGAGAGAGAUGAAGCUAUGUAAAUACAGAUUCCAAGACACUAUUAUUGUUAUUAUUAUUAUUACUAUGGCGGCCAGUAAUGUUCUCGUAUAUAUAUUGUGUAAUGUUUCUUCUGUGUGCCAAUAAAAGCUUGUCAUGAGGUA